GGAAAGCUACCGGUGUUGGCGCAGAGCGGACCCUGGUUGCUGGCCCCUGGGUGAGUCCGGGUCUUAGUCUCCCUCGCGGAGGAGUCCCUUCGGGGGAUCGUUAGCGAGUCCUCGGCUCUCCCAAGAUCUAUCCUCCUCCGAUGGCCGGUAGCCCCCGACUCUGAUGCUCCCAUCCCCCCAGUUCCCGGCAGGUGUUUCCGCGCCGGUAGCCAGGUGCGCGCUAGGCGCCCCACCAGCCGUCCCCGGCCCAGAGAAGCCAUCCCCGCGGCGAGUACGAAGGGUUGGGCAAGGACUCCGGGCUGCACCGGACCUACCGCCCAGUCGGAAGCAACUGAUGGAGGCUCCACUGCAAACGGGAAUGGUGCUGGGCGUGAUGAUUGGGGCCGGAGUCGCGGUGCUGGUCACGGCCGUGCUCAUCCUCCUGCUGGUGCGGAGGCUGCGAGUGCCGAAAACGCCAGCCCCGGAGGGGCCCCGCUACCGAUUCCGGAAGAGGGACAAAGUGCUCUUCUACGGUCGGAAGAUUAUGCGGAAGGUAUCACAGUCCACUUCCUCCCUGGUGGACGCGUCUGUCUCCACCACUUCCCGGCCCCGCAUGAAGAAGAAACUUAAGAUGCUCAACAUUGCCAAGAAGAUCCUGCGUAUCCAGAAGGAGGCACCAACGCUGCAGCGGAAGGAGCCCCCACCUGCAGUGCUGGAGGCUGACCUGACGGAGGGUGACCUGGCUAACUCCCACCUGCCCUCCGAGGUGCUCUACAUGCUCAAGAAUGUCCGGGUGCUGGGCCACUUUGAGAAACCGCUCUUCUUGGAGCUCUGCCGACACAUGGUCUUCCAGCGGCUCAGCCAGGGUGACUAUGUCUUCCGGCCAGGCCAGCCAGAUGCCAGUAUCUAUGUGGUGCAGGAUGGGCUACUGGAGCUCUGUCUGCCAGGGCCUGAUGGGAAGGAGUGUGUGGUGAAGGAAGUGGUCCCUGGGGACAGUGUCAACAGCCUUCUGAGCAUCCUGGAUGUCAUCACCGGCCACCAGCACCCCCAGCGGACGGUGUCUGCCCGGGCAGCCCGCGACUCCACAGUGCUGCGGCUGCCAGUGGAGGCCUUCUCCGCCGUGUUCACCAAGUACCCCGAGAGCUUGGUGCGGGUUGUACAGAUCAUCAUGGUGAGGCUGCAGCGGGUCACCUUUCUGGCACUUCACAACUACCUGGGUCUGACCAACGAGCUGUUUAGCCACGAGAUCCAGCCCCUGCGCCUCUUCCCCAGCCCUGGCCUUCCCUCCCGCACCAGCCCUGUGCGUGGCUCCAAGCGGGUGGUCAGUGCCUCAGCUGCUGAGGAGCCUCGGGAGACUCCUGGCCGGCCGCCUGACCCCACCGGGGCCCCACUGCCUGGACCUGCAGGGGACCCGGUGAAGCCCACAUCUCUGGAGGCUCCCUCUGCCCCCCUGCUGAGUCGCUGCAUCUCCAUGCCCGUGGACAUCUCAGGCUUGCAAGGUGGCCCCCGCUCAGACUUUGACAUGGCGUAUGAGCGUGGCCGGAUCUCCGUGUCCCUGCAGGAAGAGGCUUCAGGGGGGCCCCAGGCAGCUCCUGCUCGGACCCCCACUCAGGAGCCCCGGGAGCAGCCAGCAGGUGCCUGUGAGCACAGCUACUGCGAGGACGAGUUGGCCACCGGUGGUUGCCCCUUCGGGCCCUACCAGGGACGCCAGACAAGCAGCAUCUUCGAGGCAGCGAAGCGGGAGCUGGCAAAACUGAUGCGUAUUGAGGACCCAUCCCUCCUGAACAGCCGGGUCUUGCUACAUCAUGCCAAAGCUGGCACCAUCAUCGCCCGCCAGGGGGACCAGGACGUGAGCCUGCACUUUGUGCUGUGGGGCUGCUUGCAUGUCUACCAGCGCAUGAUUGACAAGGCAGAGGAUGUAUGCUUGUUCGUGGCACAACCUGGGGAGCUGGUGGGGCAGCUGGCAGUGCUCACGGGCGAGCCCCUCAUCUUCACACUGAGAGCCCAGCGUGAUUGCACCUUCCUGAGGAUUUCUAAGUCCGACUUCUAUGAGAUCAUGCGUGCACAGCCUAGUGUGGUUCUGAGUGCUGCGCACACCGUGGCCGCCAGGAUGUCGCCCUUUGUGCGCCAGAUGGAUUUUGCCAUCGACUGGACGGCGGUGGAGGCGGGCCGCGCUUUGUACAGGCAGGGUGACCGCUCCGACUGCACCUACAUUGUGCUCAAUGGGCGGCUGCGCAGUGUCAUCCAGCGCGGCAGCGGCAAGAAGGAACUGGUGGGCGAGUACGGCCGCGGGGACCUCAUUGGCGUGGUGGAGGCGCUGACACGGCAGCCACGUGCCACAACGGUGCACGCGGUGCGGGACACGGAGCUGGCCAAACUCCCGGAGGGCACUCUGGGCCACAUCAAACGUCGAUACCCACAGGUCGUGACUCGCCUCAUCCACCUGCUAAGCCAGAAAAUUUUGGGGAAUUUGCAGCAGCUGCAAGGACCCUUCCCAGGCUCAGGACUAGGCGUUCCCCCUCACUCGGAGCUUACCAACCCAGCCAGCAACCUGGCAACAGUGGCCGUCCUGCCAGUGUGUGCCGAGGUGCCCAUGGUGGCCUUCACUCUGGAGCUGCAGCAUGCUCUGCAAGCGAUUGGUCCCACGCUCCUCCUCAACAGUGACAUCAUCCGGGCCCGCCUGGGGGCCUCUGCUCUGGAUAGCAUCCAGGAGUUCCGGCUCUCAGGGUGGCUUGCCCAGCAGGAGGAUGCGCACCGCAUAGUGCUUUACCAGACUGACGCGUCGCUGACGCCCUGGACAGUCCGCUGCUUACGCCAGGCCGACUGCAUCCUCAUCGUGGGCCUGGGCGACCAGGAGCCCACGCUUGGCCAGCUGGAGCAAAUGCUGGAGAAUACAGCAGUGCGUGCCCUCAAGCAGCUGGUGCUGCUACACCGUGAGGAGGGCCCAGGCCCUACGCGCACUGUGGAGUGGCUCAACAUGCGCAGCUGGUGCUCGGGGCACUUGCAUCUGCGCUGUCCACGCCGCCUCUUCUCUCGCCGCAGCCCUGCCAAGCUGCACGAGCUCUACGAGAAGGUUUUCUCGAGACGCGCGGACCGGCACAGCGACUUCUCCCGCUUGGCACGGGUGCUCACAGGCAACACCAUCGCACUGGUGCUGGGUGGGGGCGGGGCCAGGGGCUGCUCACAUAUCGGGGUGCUAAAGGCAUUGGAGGAGGCAGGCGUCCCUGUCGACCUGGUGGGUGGCACAUCCAUCGGCUCCUUCAUUGGGGCCUUGUACGCAGAGGAGCGAAGCGCCAGUCGUACCAAGCAGCGGGCCCGGGAGUGGGCCAAGAGCAUGACUUCGGUGAUGGAGCCUGUGCUGGACCUCACGUACCCUGUCACCUCCAUGUUCACCGGCUCGGCCUUCAACCGCAGCAUCCAUCGAGUCUUCCAGGACAAGCAGAUCGAGGACCUGUGGCUGCCGUAUUUCAAUGUGACCACGGACAUCACCGCCUCAGCCAUGCGUGUCCACAAAGAUGGCUCCCUGUGGCGGUACGUACGUGCCAGCAUGACGCUCUCGGGCUACCUGCCCCCGCUGUGCGACCCGAAGGACGGGCACCUCCUCAUGGACGGCGGCUACAUCAACAACCUGCCAGCAACUUUGUCCCUUUGCCUCCAUCCCCUCCGUCCCGCUGGCUCCGGUCCCGCAGACUUACAAGCUCCACGGCCCGGCCCCACCUCCUCAGCGUCACGGGCAUCCAUGUCCAUGCCCUUUGAUACCGCGGACAUCGCCCGCAGCAUGGGUGCCAAGACGGUCAUCGCCAUCGACGUGGGAAGCCAGGAUGAGACAGACCUCAGCACCUAUGGGGACAGCCUGUCUGGCUGGUGGCUGCUGUGGAAGCGGCUGAACCCCUGGGCAGACAAGAUCAAGGUUCCAGACAUGGCCGAGAUCCAGUCUCGCCUGGCCUACGUGUCCUGCGUGCGGCAGCUGGAGGUGGUUAAGUCCAGCUCCUACUGCGAGUACCUGCGCCCGCCCAUCGACUGCUUCAAGACCAUGGACUUCGGGAAGUUCGAUCAGAUCUAUGAUGUGGGCUACCAGUACGGGAAGGCGGUGUUCGGGGGCUGGAGCCGGGGCGACAUCAUUGAAAAGAUGCUCACGGACCGGAGGUCUGCUGACCUUAACGAGAGCCGCCGUGCGGACGUGCUGGCCUUCCCCAGCUCUGGCUUCACCGACUUGGCGGAGAUUGUGUCUCGGAUCGAGCCCCCUACAACCAGCUAUGUUUCCGAUGGCUGUGCCGAUGGGGAGGAGUCGGACUGCCUGACGGAGUAUGAGGAGGACGCGGGCCCUGACUGCUCACGGGAUGAAGGGGGGUCUCCCGAGGGCGCGAGCCCCAGCACUGCCUCUGAGAUGGAGGAGGAGAAGUCAGUUCUCCGGCACCGGCGCUGUGUGCCCCUGGAGCCUCCCACCACGGCUGCGGAUGCCUGAGGACCUCGAGAGGGGUCCCCCUGGGGCUGGGCCGGGGCUGAGCCCUGUGAGGGUGGCUCACUCCUCUGCCUGCUGCUAUUCCUGCGACCCUCCUGGGUCCCCCUUGAACCCAAGCCCCCAGGGCCCACACACUGGACUGCCCUGCCCCCAAGGGGAGGGGCAGCACUGCACUGAUAGACCAUGACCAGUCACUCCCAAUAAACCUUCCUCUCUUGGAA